UAUAUUUUGUCACGAUGCAAAAUCUGAUGUACAUUUUUACACAACAGAACUAAACAAAGUAAUGUUCAUAACUUAGAAGCAAAAGAACAAACUUUUUUCCAAAUAAAAAUCUGAAAAGUGUGUCAGGCAUACAUAAUCAGUCAACAUUUUUCAGAGCUACAUUUCCUAUUUUUCGUAUAUAAAAUACUGAGGUGUUCAGGGUUGUGUCUGCCAUCCUUGCACAUCUGGAAACUAACAAUUCUCCCAUCUCCUCUCUGUAGAACAGAUUAAGCUCAGUCACAUCAGAAGGAUCUGAUCCUUUUAUCAACUCUAUGCAGUCACUAUUAAAAGGGAGGAUUCUCCCAUUAUGAUACUAUCAUCAUGGUUUAUGAUAACAUUAUGUUUUCAUGGUUAUCCUAGUUUUCCCUCGUGAACAUUAUAUUGUAUGGAGACCAAAAUAAUUACAUGCAUUAUAUUGCAUGGAGACCAAAAAAAUUACAUUUUGUUAAAAUUUUGCAUCUUCUUCUGAUUUCUUGAAGCUUUUGAUAGUUUUCUUGUUGCCACUUUUCCAAAUUCUCCCAUCUGGGCAAUCCUCUGCAGCGCCAUCAAAGUUGCAAUGGAGAUAUAUGUCCUUACCCAACCUUCUUACCCAGAGCAAAGAGGUUUGACUAAAAGCCAGCUACACUUUUUAGUUUUCCAUUUAAAACUAUGAAUUACUUUACUUCCACUUUACAAAAAUCUUAAUAAAACAUACUGGAUUCUGGUUAUGAAAAUUCUCAGUCUUAACCUUGUAAAGAGGUUAGGACAUGAGAGAUAACCAGAUAAACAACAUCUGAUAUUUGACAGCCUUUGCAUUAGUAUUUUUAUUUUUUACAUUACUAAUCAUAUACUGUUGAUCACUGAACAAAAUAAUAUAUGAAUAAUUUUAGCAUCUGCAGUGUCUCUUUAAAAAUACAAACACAAAACCCAACGGCUGCCUAAUGAUAACGUUGGCAUAUGCAUAAAAUAAUUAAAUUCAUUGAAAAAUGUAUUUUUGUUGUUGUUUUUCUUGUAUUCCCAUCCCCCCCCGUUUUCUCUCCUUCCUCUUUGUCUGCUUGAUCUCUCCUCGCUGCCAUCUCUCCUCCCAGCGACAGCCGCUGCUCUCUGAUUGGCUGUUUCUGAUGUGGGGGCGGAGCUUGCCGAGUCCUCUGCUGCUUUUCUAGCUUCAAGAUCAGCUCUGUCGUCAGUUUCGGUAACAGCUAAGCAAGGAAAGCGACAACAGUGUACGUUCACAAAAAGAAACAAACGUUUCAGUAGCUUAAACUGUUGGCUUAGUAACAGUAAAUGAAACGUAAAAACACUUAGCUUAGUGUUGGACCUUGGUAGCGCUCUCCUCCAGAAAGGAAAAGGGACGAUAAAACGGAUUUCGACGGUGGUUUUGCUUCUUCCCCUUCAGCCCUUUGUUUUUCGCCGUUCCAGUCGAGCAGGUGAGCAACAGCGCCCCCCUGUGAAGACGACUGGAAACAGCCUGAGGAUAGGGAGCCUAACAAACGGCCGAGCAGCUAGCCUUCCCUGCGACGUGGGUCUCCACAGCCCAGCCGUCCGAUGCGGAAUGAGGAUGAGUCCCGCUUUGGAAGCCCUCAUGCAGGCGGACGGGACUCCCUAUUCGGCGAAGGGGGUGAUGCUUGAGCCCUUCGUGCACCAGGUGGGAGGCCACUCCUGCGUGCUGCGCUUCGGGGAACAGACAAUAUGCAAACCCCUCAUACCUCGGGAGCACCAGUUCUACAAAAACCUGCCUCUAGAGAUGAGGAAAUUCACCCCUCAAUAUAAAGGUGUUGUGUCGGUUAGUUUUGAAGAAGACGAGGAGGGAAACCUGUGCCUCAUCGCCUACCCUCUCCAUAGCGAAUCUGGGGACUCGGAAAACAAAGACCCUUCGGCGGACUGCCAAGAACCCAAGAGCAAGAUGCUGAAGUGGAGCAACAAGAAGCAGUCCCCGUUGCUGCAGGAGAAGGAAAACUACAGCAAAGACAGAGCCCGAAACAGCAGAAAGGAGGACAAGAUCAUGAGCUAUAAUCGUGACGAGGUCCAGCAGCAGCAGGCUGAGGUUCUGUACUUCAGCUUGGAGAAAGGCAACGUGGUGUCACAGAUCAAACACAACCCAUGGAGUCUGAAGUGCCACCAACAGCAAUUACAGAGGAUGAAGGAAAACGCGAAGCAUCGCAACCAAUACAAAUUUAUUCUGUUGGAAAACCUGACGUGGCGCUACAGAGUCCCAUGUGUGUUGGAUUUAAAGAUGGGAACCCGCCAACAUGGAGACGACGCUUCAGAGGAGAAGAAAGCCAAUCAGAUCCGGAAGUGUCAACAGAGCACAUCAGCAUCUAUUGGAGUGCGGCUCUGUGGGAUGCAGGUGUACCAGUCAGACUCCGGCCAGCUAAUGUUCAUGAACAAGUACCACGGGCGAAAGCUGACCCUUGCUGGUUUCAAGGAGGCUCUCUACCAGUUCUUCCACAACGGCCGGCGACUUCGUCACGAGCUGCUGUCCCCGGUUCUGCGCCGGCUCCGGGAGAUGCAGGCCGCCCUGGAGGCCUGCGAGUCCUACCGCUUCUACUCCAGCUCGCUGCUCAUCAUCUACGACGGCGACCCUCCCAGGACUCCCGCCAGACCCAGGCAUCGAGGAGGGGAGGAAGGCGACGAGGACGAGCCAUCUGAUGAAGAAGAGGAGGAGGGUGAAGAGGAAGGAGCGUUUGGGUUCCCUCGCUGUUCCUCCACCAGCGCAGCCGGCGGCAGCAGCCGCUCCUCGCAUGGAGCAGGAGAGGCCAGCAGCCCCGAGGUGGACGUGCGCAUGAUUGACUUUGCUCACACCACGUGUCGGCACUACGGAGAGGACAGUGUGGUCCACGAAGGCCAAGACAGCGGCUUCAUCUUCGGCCUCCAGAAUCUGAUCACCAUCAUCUCUCAGCUGGAGGAGCACAGCACUGACUGAAGGCACAUCGGAGCUGACCUGGUUUCAAUUUUAAGCAUGGGAGAAAAGUUCUUUGGAGCUACAAACCCCACUGCUUCACCCCCUGAGGGGCUUCAUGCCUGAACAGGGGUCCCCUUGGUUGGACACCCCAGAUGCCUCUCGGUUAGAGGAAGAGACUGCGAGGUUGAUCCUGCGCUCUUGCUCACCUGCUGAAGGAAAGGGCUGCUACUGCCCUCCCUUGCACUUUUCUCUUUUAUGAGACUGAGACUUUUACUUUGUGAUACAUGGUAGGAGCAUUGUUGCAUGAGACGGACGAUUUUUCUACAGGUUCUCUCCUCUGACGUUGUAAGACCUCCCUCCUCCCUCUCCUCUGGUACAAAUCGGUAUCUUCAAGUUCUCUCUGAGAGAGAAAGAAAGAGGCAGAGACGUGUGAAGCUAAUCUUAGGUAGGAUGCUGCCGUGGUGCUUACCCUGUGAUAUCACCUCCUUUUUGUUAAUGAACUGCCCCCCAACAGCAGAGCACAACUUAGUGGAGGAGUUAACUAGUUACCUGAACAAGCUGACCUUAGCUGGCUCGGUCAGCAGCCUUGUAGCAACGGACAAAUUAAACAUCUAAUAAGGACUUUUUUGUGUUUCUAUUGACGUCUUGUAAGAGAGAUUGUUGUCUACCACGCACUUGGAUUUAGACUUUUUUUUUUCUUCUUUUUUUUGGUGGGAUAUUAUUUAGGUUUAGAAGAAGGGAUUUGCCUUUUACAUUUUUUGUUCCUCCACUUCCCGCCUAUAUAAAUAUGUUUUGAAAAGGGGAUUUUAUUGCAGUUUCUUUUUGUCAUUCAUCUUCUUCCUCAUUCCUGCAAAUCUGACUUGAAGAGGAUAUAUUGAUAAGAACACUAGCUUCAGAGACUAUAGACUAUUUAUUUGAAAUAAUUCUUUAAAAAAAAAAAAAUGGAAACAAGCACAUUCCUUAUUACCACUUUAAAUGUUCUGUCCUCCUGAGCGUCUGAUUUAUUGUUUUUUGCAUACUUGUGUUAAGUGUCUUGGUAAAUAAAGGCAUUCAUUGUGGUAAAAUCCA